GGAAGAAGAAGUUGCUUAAAAGGUUAGCCAGCUGUAGGACUUCAUCUCAUUGGACGAAGAAGCAGAAGGACUGGCACCGGUAAUCCAGCAGAUGUGGGUCGAGUCCUACAGCUACAGCUGGCUAACCUUUUCAGUGCCGCUUCUUCUUUCGUCCAUUGUUCUUCGGCACUUGAGGCUUUGUGUGUUGUCCCUUUUUCUGCGCAUACAGGAAUAAACAAUGGCUACAGGUGAUUCUGCCAAGAACAUCUCACUGACACUCACAUUUUAUUACCCGGGACCGAUGGACAUGACGAACUAAACACGUGCCAUGCUCCUAGGAAAAGGGUAAAGGGCGUCUACUCCGCGUUAAUGAAGAGCAAAGGGAUACUUGCGCGUUUGAGUCAUCAAUUUCCAGCCCUUCAGAGAUUUGACAACUGUCAUAAAUGGAGUUGUCCCCAAAGUUCAGCUAUCAGCUCACGAGAGUAAAAUCUGAACCUCCAGAUGUUCCAUGCCUACCAGGCGAGGGCCAGAUACAGCAACAGCACUGCAACGAGUCUACUUCAGAAGCUUUUGGAGGGCAGACAGUUGGAAUGUGCCACAUCAAAGAAGAACCUCCAGACGACUGUUCAGAUGAACAUCAGUUGAUAGAAGUGCAAACGGAGCCCUACAACACUGCAAUUUUGAUGGAACGGGACCACGCAGGACGCAGCCAUGACUCGACAUCCGAAGAUGCAACGGCCAGCACUGGUAUGCUUUGCCUCGAGGAUGAGCCCAAAGGCAUUUGUCGUCGAGUGUCUUCACGUUGCAGCUCUUCAAAUGGACAGUUCAACAUCAACACGGCAACAGUUCAGCCUCCAUUCGACAACCCUGCCCCAGUCACUGUGAACCGUCGACCAACCGAUCCGAAACCCAGCGACAUUUCUCCGGGCCACACAGAGACUCAAGAGGCAGGCGAGUCUUCGUCUCCGAUCUCCGACAACCAGAAAGACACGACGCACAAGUGUAAUGUCUGUUUGGCUCCGUGCAUCGAUAUUGGCCGCUUCGAAGUACACCUUGAAACAAACCACGCGACGGCAUUUACCUGCGACAGGUGUUCCGCGACGAUCCGCAACGUGUCAGCCGUGCAGGUGGGCGCGAAGCGUCAUAUGGUUGAAGGGUUGUACAAGUGCAAGGUAUGUACACUCGAAUGCGUGUCACAGGCCAGCUUGAAACGCCAUAUGCAUGUACACGAUUGCAACAAAUCUGGACAGUGUCUCAUUGCGUCGAAGGAUCAGGUGGGAGAGACGAGGCUCAGGUGUGACCUUGGUCCAGCUACAUUGUUCCAGUCAAACAGUGGCGAGAAGCACAUGCAGGAGCACAGUGACGAGAAGCCGUACACAUGCGAUAUCUGUCCUGCAAAGUUCAGCCACAAGACUAGCUUGCAACGUCACCAGAAGACACACACGGGCGAGAAGCCACACAAGUGCAAUCUCUGUCCUGCGGUGUUUAACCGUAGCACGAGCCUGCAGCGUCACAAGCGGACACACGUGGAUGAGAAGCCAUGCAUGUGCGAUAUCUGUCCGGCAACGUUCAGACGUAGAACGAAGCUGCAGAGUCACAUGAAGAUACACACGGGUGAGAAGCCACACAAGUGCGAUCUCUGUCCCAAAGAGUUCACCCACUCGCAUCUCCUAAAAGAUCACGUACGGACACAUACCGGUGAGAAGCCGUACAAGUGUGUUCUUUGUCCUGCAGAGUUCAGGUGCAGUACGUACCUGCGACGUCACACACUGACACACGCGGACGAGAAGCCACACACGUGCGAUCUCUGUACUGCAGAGUUCAGCUGCAGCGCGAAGCUGCGGCGUCACAAGUGGACACACACGGGCGAGAAGCCGCACAAGUGCGAUAUCUGUCCUGCAGCGUUCAGAUGCAGCUCGAAGCUGCGGCGUCACAUGCAGACACACUCGGGCGAGAAGCCAUUCAAGUGCGAUCUUUGUCCCGCGGAGUUCAUCUACGUCCAUGUCCUGAAUGACCACGUACGGACACAUACGGGCGAGAAGCCGUACAAGUGCGUUCUCUGUCCUGCCAGGUUUGGCCACAAAACCAGCCUGCAGCGUCACAAGAUGACACACACAGGCACGAAACCAUUCAAGUGCGAUCUCUGUUCUGCAGAGUUCAUUCAGAGGGCACACCUGCAGCGCCACAAGCUGACACACAUGGGCGAGAAGCCACACAAGUGUGAUCUCUGUCCUGCACAGUACAGCUGCAGCAAGGGCCUGUGGCGUCACAAGUUAACACACACGCGAGAAGGCGUAAACGUGUGGCCUCUGUCCUCCAGAGUACAGGCACAGCACGGACCUGUGGCUUCGCAAAUGUUGCAUACACCAGAGAUACGUGUACAGAGUGUCAAUCCAGUUCUGUUGCUUGGCCUCGUCCUUGAGACCUGAAGAAGCACACUGACAUGCACAGCGGGGAAAUGCUGUACAGCAUAAACUGUGGAGGUUGAACAAAGAAUUAGGGGACGCAUAGCACUCACUGUGUUCUUGGCAAUGGCAGUCUUGGCAAACGAUGUACAUAUGCAAACUGUAGCCCACCAAGUUUUGUCCCUGUCGGACGUUUAGUACAUGCACACGUAUAUAUGCUCAGGCAUAGGUCGUCAUUUCCUGAAAAAUUCAUUCAACAUCUCAUCACCAUCACAGCCCGUCACACCAUAACCGAUCAUUCUACAUAAACAUAAUAGCUCAUCACACCAUAACCCAUCAUUCAUCAGCAUAUACAGCUCAUCACAUCAUAACUGACCAUUCAUCAGCAUCACAUCAUAACGCAUCAUUCAUCACCAAAAUCACAGCCCAUCACAUCAUUACCCAUCAUUUGACAUCACAGCCCAUUGUGUCAUAGGUAAGAAUUCCAACUCCGGAACUCAUUCUGAAUCCAACUUGACUUUGUAGCUGAACACCAGGGACCAAUUAUGAGAUUGGAGGCAUUGGAUACUGAGCAGCAUGCCUGCGUUGAGCGACGACAUGGCUUCGGCGACCGUGUGCUGGCUCCUGGGCAGAUUUCAUCUUGGUUACAGGCGUUACAGGUGGCACUCGUUACGGUGACGUUCAUAAAUUGAACGCAUGUUGUGUUGUGGUGGUAUUGCAAUGGUGGGCGAUGUGUAAAUGUGAGGUGCGUGCAGUGAACUGGCGACUGGUAUGCCAGCACCCAGUUUUGGGAUUGCUGCGCAACGUGUUGAUCGAGUGUGUUGCACUCGAAAAGGGCAUAACAGAUCUCGACCUCUGGUCGCUUUAUGGUACCAACUUUCGUGAAGCUGCACUACUGCUUAUACAGCUAGCACGUUUUCGUCUUCUGCGACAGGUACGUGGAACCAUGGUGGUUGCGCCUGAUGAAACUGCUCACGGUCAGAACGACCUGUUUGCACUGGCACUGAGUUGAGGCAAUGACUGGGAUCCCAUGGUGGACGGAGGCAUAUCGGCGUGUGCCAGUAGAGGGUGAGAGGGAGAAUCGUGACUUCGAUCCUGUUGUUCUGUGUCUCGUGUUUACAGAGCCAUUUUCUUCCUAGUCUACUGUCUCAAUGUGCUGUGUAUUUAAAGGGAGACUUUGGAAGGAUUUGAAAAAAAAUUAGGUGAGCAUCAUAUCGAACACGGACCGCUCACUUGAUACCAAAUACGACAUUCGCAUUCAUUUUGUGCGAGUAAUUAAUUCGGAAACGAUGGCAAUACUGACAUGAAAAGCGUGCAGCAGUUCGCCGGGAGGAAGAUACUGUGACGUCUGCUACGAAACUUGCAUUCUUCUAUGCAGGAUGACGUCGUCAGUGUUGCUUUCGGCGCCCUCUUGCUUCACAGAGGCGAAGCGCUCACUUCGUAAUAAUUCGUUCGAAUAAAAUCUGCGGACUUUGGGAACGCGAUAUUUCGUAUGUGUGUUCCUGACACCGCAAGGGUUACUGCUAUGUCACAAUUAUUGUGGUGAUUUUGUUGCAGAGUCCCACUUUAACCACCGCUUUGAAAUUUGCAUAUUGCAAACACGUAAUAAUUAGACUGCGUAUUUUCGUGCAAAUGCAUGUUUUUUUCUCUCUCGACACAGUGUCUUGUCUGGAUGAUAGAAACCCAUUUGCUCGUGACUUUGGAUCAAUUAAAGGAGCUCUGUAUAGCGCA